GCUUGCCACGUGCACGGCGCCCGCCCGGCCGCCCCCUGCCGCCGCUGUUCGCAGCGCUCGGCGUGGCUGCGGCCUGUGUCUGGGCCGGGCUGCCAGCUGGGACCGCGAGGCGAGGGCGCAGCCCUGGGGUCUCGCUCUGGCGGAGCCCCGGGGCCGAGACGCCCACGGCGUGGUGUGGCCUCGUGGCGCUCCACGACCCCAAGGGCGCGGUGGGCGAGAAGGAACGGCUGCUCCGAGAGCUGUGCGAGCGCCUGCACCACCGGGGGCCCGACGGGAGUGGCUACGCAGGGGGGCAAUCGUGGGCCAUGGCACAUCGACGUCUGGCGAUCAUGGACCCGACCCGCAACACGGGAAGCAGCCGCUCGAGCGCGGCAGCGGCGCCGCCGUGGCGAACGGGGAGCUGUACAACUUCCGCGACGUCUUCGUGCGGCUUGUCCGGGAGCACGGGCCUGCGGCGGCCUCGGUGCCCACGGGCUCGGACUGCGAGGUGCUUUUGCCAGCGUGGCGGGCCCUUGGCGCGGACGGCCUGUGCAACGCCCUCAACGGAAUGUUUGCGUUUGUGCUGCAGGACGGCGACGGGGCCA